GGUUGGAUAAGCACCUCUCUUUUUUGGUGUAAUGAUAAGCACAUAUCAUCAUAUUUGUCCUAUGCUCAUGGGACAAGUCUUUCCCCAUCUGCGGCUGAGGCUAUCAAAGCCAGCUCAAGUUGCCAACUUCUUGUCUCAGAAUCUCUUCAGUGUGUUAGCCUCCACCUGGCCAUCUCCUCGCAACCACACCACACCUCCGGUCUCCACCUUCAUUUCCUCUCCCUUCUGGCCAUCUCCAUCUCGUUUCAUGGCCCCUUCAACCCUCCCACGCUCCUCUCUCAUACCCUCCCCUCUCCCCAAUUCCGUCAAAGAGCUCACCAACUCCGCAUCCCUUCGCUCCGUUCCUCCCCAGUACGCCACCCGAAACCCCGAGACCACCAUAGAUAUCGAACCCAUCAUACAAGAAGAAAUCCCGACCGUUGAUUUCUCUCUGCUGACCGAAGGAACACCUGAGCAGAGGGCUCAGGUGGUUCGCCACCUCGGCAAGGCUUGUGAGGAGUGGGGCUUCUUCAUGGUGGUGAACCAUGGUAUACCGGAGAGCCUGAGGGAGGCGAUGCUGGACUCGAUGAUGGAAUUCUUUGAUCAGACAGAGGAGGAGAAGGGAGAGUACGCUCGCAAGCAUGUGAUGAAUCCCAUCAGGUAUGGGACUAGUUUCAAUUCGACAGUGGAGGAUGUCUGGUACUGGAGGGACUAUCUCAGGGUUUUUGUGCACCCAGUUUUCUAUUCACCUGCUAAGGCGCCUCCAAGUUUCAGGGAGAUAUCAAAGGAGUACACCACAAGCACUAGAGCAAUGGGAAUGGAACUUCUGAGAGGAAUAUGGGAGAGCUUGGGAUUAGAGGAGAAUGACAUGACCAAGGCCUUGGACCUCCAUUCCUGUUACCAGGUUCUUGUUGGCAAUAUAUACCCUCCAUGCCCACAGCCCGAGCUGGCCACCGGCCUCCCCGCCCACUCGGACCAUGGCCUUCUCACCAUCCUCCUUCAGAACGGUGUCAAUGGACUCCAAGUAAAGCACAGAGGCAACUGGGUCCGCGUCGAACCCCUCCCUAACUCGUUUCUAGUCAACACUGGCGAUCACUUGGAGAUCGUUAGCAAUGGAAGGUAUAAGAGUGUGUUGCACCGGGCUGAGGUGAACAGCCAAAGCACGAGGAUGUCCAUAGUAACCGUGGUGGCACCAUCACUUGAUGCAAUUGUCGAGCCAGCCUCCCAGCUGGUGAGCGAUGAGCACCCUAUGAUGUUUGGAGGCAUGAGGUAUGGAGAGUUCUUGGAGCGUCUGCAGGCCAACCGGCUCAAGGAGAAGUCUAUGUUGGAUCUUUUAAGACUGCAUGCCGAGUAGCAUCCCUCUUUUGUGUAAUAUAUCAUCACAAGUAGUGUUUCACAAAGUAUUAGAGCUAUUAGCAAAAUUUAGGGAAGGGGAAGAAGAUAACGAAUGUCGUAUAGUGAACUACGUGGACCAAAUGAGGCAGCACCAAGGGAGAACGCAAAUAUAAACUCAGAUCCAACAUAUAUAUGAAUGUUGCAUGUACGACCUUUGUUGGCUUUUGCUUCGCCGGGAGUGAAGCAAAGCUUGUAUGAUAUUGAAUAAAUAUUGUGCACCGUUGAGGAAAAUGAAUCCCAUCA